UCAACUUAAAACUAUAUCUUCUGUCAUUGAGUUCUCAAAGUCAAGUUCACUCCUAGCGUGACACAACAUGAAGAGGUUUUGUAGAUGAUUACAUCAUUUUGUUUCAAUGAGGUAUUAAUUCUAUCAAUGAGAAAGUUCAACCAGCAACCAUGAAAAACUCUGCAAGAAAACAUGUUUCUAGAUUGAUGAUCAUGGAGCUUUUUGCUUCUGUCAUAAUAUUUAUCGGAAUUACUUUAUAUAGAAGAACAGAUUAUUACACGUACAGUAUGUCAUAUGAGCAUAUCCGAGCUGCAUGCACGCCAGGAGACGUCGCUAUCAAAGCAGCUGCCAUAUUCCCCAAUUACUCAAGAAAUCACAGCAUCUUCCUGCAGCUCAGUGACUAUUUCUGGACACAGACUUCAUCUUUGUAUGCUUUGCCAUUUGGCACCAAAGGAAGUGAGGAGCUGAUAAUGCAGGCGCUAGCUUGCUCCAAUUAUUAUGACAUACCCCAGGAGAUUGAUAGACUGCAGUGUCGUCGCUGUGUUGUGGUGGGGAAUGGAUACCGCAUGAAAAACAGCUCCUUGGGCGAGAUCAUUGAUAAAUAUGACAUAGUCAUCCGGUUGAACAAUGGCCCGGUUCAUAAUUAUAAGAAAGAUGUGGGCAGUAAGACCACACUACGCUUGUUUUACCCAGAAUCUGCGCACUUCAACUUGCUAUUGGACAAUAAUCCAGAGACACUAAUGGUGCUGGUGCCAUUCAAGGGUCUAGAUCUGAAAUGGCUGAAAACAAUCCUAAAUGAUGACAAGAGGAAUAAAACAGGUUUCUGGAGAAGCCCACCACUAAUCUGGAAAGUGAAGCCUGAGAACAUCCGAAUCCUGAACCCGUACUUCAUGAACGUUGCCGCUACAAAACUCUUGAUGCACAGUGACAAAACCAAGAAGAUUUCUAUAAAACCUACCACUGGCCUGAUGGCCAUUUCUUUUGCCAUUCACUUUUGUGACCUGGUUCACAUCGCAGGAUUUGGAUAUCCAGCACCAAGUAAUAAAACACCUUUCAUACACUACUACGAUAAAAGCACCAUAAAGCUCUUGAAAAAAUCAGGACAUAAGGUUCCCCUUGAAGCCCUUGCAAUAAAAAAUCUUCUUCGACACAACAUCAUUAAAAAUCUGACUUACUUCUGAGGUUGUGGAUAAAGGGAUUGAUUCAACAAUACCACACAUAUCAUAACUCAUUCAUGAACCACGCUGAAAAGCAUUCCAUGUUCAAAAGGUCUGAAAAUCCACUGAUUCAGCCACAUUCAGUUUUCUUUAUAAUGGACGGUGGCUUGUCCAUUCUGAAAUUUGGGACACCAACUGUAUCUGAACAGCAACAACAGCCAUGUUAAUAAUCACACAGCUUUCCUAGGCUCAGAUAACAGAGUUUUUAAGAAAGUGACAAAAGAGGAUGCCUCUGGGAUUGGCGCGGGGGCCCUCUCCCAACCAAUCAGAGCUGAGCUUUGACUGUGCAUAUGCUGUUUAGAUACCGAAGGCUAGUGUUUGCUCUCUGAAUGUCUGCUGUAACAACACCCAAAUGUAUUGAUCCACCAUUGCAAAUUUCAUACAUUUAGGCCU